GGCUCAUCAUGCCUGCUAAGCCCCGCCCCCUCCCUCCCCAACUGUCUCUGAGGGAGCCAUGGCCGAAGAGAGGCGAGAGGUGUUUCUCGGGGCGCGGCAGCGGACUCUCCCCGCUCUCCCUGAAGAACAAGAAUGGAAGGCCCCUUUCUAUUUCAUUCAAGGAGCAGAUCCACAGUUUGGAUUGAUGAAAGCUUAUGCGGUUGGUGACUGUGAUAGUGGAGGAGAUGAAUGGGAAGAGGAACUCAAAUUAACUCAGCAAGCAGUGGGAGCAAUUAAUCAACUGAACCCCAAACCAAAAUUCUUUGUGCUGUGUGGGGAUCUUGUACAUGGCAUGCCAGGGACACCAUGGCGGGAGGCACAGAUACAUGACCUGAAAAAUGUUCUGAAAGAUGUCAACCCUGAAAUCCCUCUGGUUUUUGUCAGUGGCAAUCAUGACCUGGGUAAUACACCAACCCCAGAAACUAUUCAGAGUUAUUGCAAGCAGUGGGGUGAUGAUUACUUCAGCUUUUGGAUUGGAGGCGUCUUCUUCCUGGUGCUGAAUUCUCAGCUUUAUUUUGAUGGUUCAAAAUGCCCAGAACUGAAGCAUGCUCAAGAUGUGUGGCUUAGCCAGCAGCUCGCCAUUGCUGAAGAAAGAAAGUGCAAGCAUGCCAUUGUUUUUCAGCACAUCCCCCUGUUUCUAAGAGAACCAUCAGAAGAUCACAACUACUUCAACCUGGAGUUGUCCAUUCGGCAUGAGCUCUUGGAAAAAUUCCACAAAGCAGCUUUCCUUCUGCUUUCAAACCUGUCAGGGUUUGUGGAGGAUGCCAAGAUGUCAAGGAACACUGGAAAUGUCCAGUCACCAAGAGAGUUUGUCUACUAAACGUGUAAAAAGAAAAAGUUGUCUCAGCAACUUCAUACUUUUUCCCUUUAAUUUGACUCAAAAGCUUUCUCAUUAAAAGCAAAGUGAGAACGUGAAUAAAUGGAUGAACAAAAUAUGAGUGGUUCCAUCUUGUGGUCUUUAUUAUUACUUUAUUUUGGCUGAACAAAAAUGGCACAGUGGGAAGGGAGCUACACUGAACUGUGCUGAACUGUGACAACCAAGAUAUUAGCCCAGGAUCUGGAAACCUGUGAAUCUCUAGAUGAUGUUGAGUUCUAACUCCUGUCAUCCUAAACCAGGAGUACCAUUGAUAAGGAAGAUGGCAGUUGUAGUUCAACAAUAACACUUGGAAGGCACCAAGCUCUCUAGCCUAACAUAUCAGGUUCCAGAUAUCUGUGGCUAUUAAGCAUAAAAACUCCAGUAUCAUAGGCUGAAUCCCAGCUGCAACGGAGCUAUUGCUGUAUUUUGCUUUUGGAAUAGGCAUCUAUUUAGCCACAUUGAUUCUGAUUUAAGCGCAUCCUCAGUUGGACCCAGCAGGACUCUUCUCAUGUUCUUAUUACCUUGCAUAUAGAUCAGAAAUAUUUAUAAAUCUUUUCAUCCCUUGCAUCAUUUAGCAGAUAAGGACUGGGGCUUUCCCAUUUUUCAAAUGUGUUCAAAAGCUUUCCAGAAGAAAGUACAACCAGCAUCCCUGCUAAUUUGACAUUGCCCUUGCACAGGUCACAUUGGUACAUUUUAAUAUGCAGCAUUUUCUUUAAAACAACCUCAGGAUGAUGUGGUUUCACCAUCUGCUGUGUCACCUGUCAGUGCUUCUCUUGGAUUAUCAUUGGGUACAGUAUGUGUUUUCUUACCUUAUUAUCAACUAGGCUAUGCUCUUAGUUUCCAGCUCUAAUGGACUGAAGCGACCAAUCAAAAUUUAUGAAACACAACCAAAAUAAGCCAGGACACUUCCAAAUAUAAUUCUGAUAGCAUGCAUUCAUCAAAGUAUUUCAGCCAUUCCAUGUCCCUUUAAAAAGUCUACUUUUCCCCUGUUAUUUGCAAAGGGAAACUCAGUUGCUCCCCGAAUACAAGUCAAGGAGAAAGUUUCAUGCACUAUUAGACAGAAUUGUCUUUUCUAGCAUGACAAGUAUAAACAAGAUGCUACUCUUAUUUACAGUUGGUUUUCUUCCCUCCUUAGUGGGUUUACUUUAUUGGAAUAUUCUUUAAUGUGUGUCAAAAUGUAAUGUUAAAAUAUUCUGAAAGCUCUGCCAAAUAUUUUGAUUUGAUGAAGAAGAAAAAAGCCUAGUCUUGACUCUAAGAAGCAGGGUUUUUGAAGUGUUGCUACACUGAACUAUAGAUGCAGCUUGCAUCCUAGGUAGACCAAGUUUAUGGAAGUUGUGCUAAAUAAAGGAAAUUCAUUUUGAUCAAGAAGUGAAAUAGGGCAAGCUACUUCAGUGGCCGAGUUCAGACGUUGCCAGAGCUGGAAACUCAAAGUGGAUGUUUCACUAGCAGCAUCUGGCAAUUUUCUUUUUGCUUUGCAUUAUCUCUGUUGGAAUCAUUCAGCAGCUUCUCUUUGACAUAAACCUGCAUACAUUACAUGGAGCCAAAAAUGGAAAGCAGGUCAUAUGUCAUGGUUGCAAAACCCUGGUGCCAAUUUGUUCUUGGUACUGGCUCACUUGAGCAUCUCAGAAAGGAUUGUAUUUCCUCCCUUAAAAUGCUGCCAGAAGUGUAGGAAGCAACUGCUAGAUAGAAAUAAAUAUGAAGAAAAUCUUGGAGACCAUGAAAAAAAGUCCCUUCCCACUAUGUCCUGUAGUGGGAAACCUCUGGCUCAAGAGUUUCAUGUCAUGCGUUUAUCUAAUUUUCAGGCAGCAUUUGGUCCUUUGUCAUGUGCUUUCUCUCACUUUCUGCCGCUUUAAAAAUGGUUCCCUGUGUGGCUUCAUAUAUGGGAGUGUAAAACUAAUCCAUUAAUUGGGUAAAUCAAAGAUCCUAGCCAGAAGGGAGGGUUGGUGAGAUGUCAGAGGACAGAGUUGUAUUCUGCAACCUGCCCUGAACUGCAGAAGCCACUUUGCCGGCUUCAGGUAUGAUAGAGUUCUGGAGUUCAGGUAUGAUACAGCUGUGAGUGUAGUUGGCUUAUUGGCAUGAAUUGAGGGAGUUCAUCUUUGUCUCAGGUAGCAACAUGUUUCCAGUCAGCCCUAUGAUUCUAAUCUAUGAAUUCUCCUAUUCUAUGAUUCUCCGAUUCUGUCUGAAAGCAAACAAAAGUGGGACCAGAUAAACAAUUCUUUAAUGCCAUGGGGGGGGGGGGGAAGCUUUGUCUUCUGAUACCAGCAAGCGUAUCAGUAGACUUGAUAGAAAUCUGGAGGUUUG